AUGGCUUCACACGAUCCACGCGCACCACUGGAGGCACUACCUACCGAGAUUCUUCAGAUGAUUCUGUCUCAGAUGACCUGCACUGAAGACCUCUUCGCGGCCAUUAAUGCCAGUCCAACGAUUUUCCAGUACUUCUUGGGCUGGCGUGAGGAGAUCCUGAUCAGAGUCAUCCAAAACAGCCUUGACCCAGGAAUCUUCAUGGAAGUUCUUGGUUUGUUGGACGUUCCGAAUUUCGGCAACCUCCAUCACGUGCCUGGGCCUGAUAUAGCUCGUCUUUUAGGCUCAGAUAUUGAAAGCCCCGUCUUCUGGUCCUUGAUUCAAGCUUGGAUCGCCUUUAACUGCUGCAAUCUUUCCGAAGUCUCAAAGAUGGUUCAUCGUAUGGAUUUCAAAGUCGACGGCGGCUGCCGCGGAAACGGCCGGCCCGAGGCGAUCGGGGCCGCGGCCUGCUGUCUCGAACCCCGACCAUCCAGCGGGGCCGAGAUCACCGCCACCACCCUGGCCCUGGAGUGGGCCCUCGGGCGACACGACCAGCUGGAGGGAUACCCCAGGCUUGAGGUCAACAUCAGGUCGGACUCGCGGUACGCCGUCGGCUGCAUGACGAACUGGAUCUACACGUGGGUCCGGAACGGGUGGAAGCGUCGUGAACCGGGAUCUUAUCGAGAGGGCUUCCGAGCUUGA